UUGACAUUUGUUUACGUACACGUCACUUGUCAACACGUCAACCCCAGUAAUCCAAAUCUCGGCUUAUCACUUAUGUGCUUGAUUUGUUUUCGCUGUGACGUGUCCUGCCAACGAAGCACCGCACAAUGACGAAGGAACAAAUGCGCGCCCUGAUUCUGGUAGGGGGCUACGGCACGCGCCUCCGCCCCCUCACCCUUAGCCGCCCCAAGCCCCUGGUGGAGUUCGCCAACAAGCCCAUUCUCCUGCACCAAAUGGAGGCUUUGGUGGAGGCUGGAGUCACCGAGGUGAUCCUAGCCGUUUCCUACAGAGCCGAGCAAAUGGAGCAGGAACUCAAAGCCGAAGCUGUGAAGUUGGGCAUCAGUUUGAUUUUCUCGCACGAGACGGAGCCCCUGGGGACCGCGGGCCCGAUUGCGCUGGCCAGGGAGCACUUACUGAAGAGCAGCAAGCCGUUCUUUGUGCUGAAUUCGGACAUUAUUUGUGAUUUUCCGUUCAAGGAGUUGGCCAAGUUUCAUAGGGAUCAUGGGCAGGAGGGGACGAUUGUGGUGACGAAGGUGGAAGAGCCGUCCAAGUAUGGGGUGGUAGUGUAUGAUUCAACCCAGUGUAUAGAAAGCUUCGUGGAGAAGCCUCAGGAAUUUAUUUCGAAUAAAAUUAAUGCAGGUUUGUACAUCCUAAACCCCAGCGUGGUCAACCGAAUCCAACUCCGUCCCACUUCCAUCGAGAAGGAAAUCUUCCCCGUAAUGGCCAAAGACCAGCAGCUCUUCGCCUUCGAACUCCAAGGCUUCUGGAUGGACGUCGGCCAGCCCAAAGACUUCCUCACCGGCAUGUGUCUUUACCUCAAAGACUUGCGCGCCAAGAACUCCGAGAAGCUGUACAAAGGUCCAGGCGUGGUCGGCAACGUGUUGGUGGACCCCACGGCGAAAAUCGGCCCCAAUUGCCAGAUAGGCCCCAACGUCACCAUCGGGCCGGGCGUGGUCAUCGAAGAGGGCGUGUGCGUGAAACGGUCCACCAUCUUGAGGGACGCUGUGAUCAAGUCGAAUUCGUGGCUUGAAAGUUGCAUUGUUGGGUGGCGGUGUUCGGUGGGGAAGUGGGUUCGGAUGGAAGGAACGACGGUUCUGGGGGAGGAUGUCAUAGUGAAGGAUGAAACGUAUAUUAAUGGAGGACAGGUUUUGCCCCAUAAGAAUAUUACCGUGUCUGUGCCAGAGCCCCAGAUUAUUAUGUAGGAGACUAUUGUCUAUUUUUACUUUAUUGUCGAUUCCAUUGUGCAUUAUUAUUGUUUAAGUGAUUUUGUUUUUAAUAAAAAAUUUGAAGAG